AUGGGCUUAAUUGCAUUUUUGAAGACCCAGUUUAUAGUUCAUCUCCUCAUUGGGUUUGUCUUCGUUGUGAGUGGGUUGAUCAUUAACUUCGUCCAACUAUGCACACUAAUCCUCUGGCCUAUAAACAAGCAGUUUUAUCGCCGAGUAAACUGUCGCCUUGCCUAUUCGCUCUGGAGCCAGUUAGUAAUGUUGCUGGAAUGGUGGUCAGGCACAGAAUGCACUUUAUUCUCAGACCAGGCCACAGUGGAUACAUUUGGAAAAGAACAUGUGAUCAUCAUCUUGAAUCACAACUUUGAAAUUGACUUCUUGUGUGGUUGGACUAUGACUGAACGCUUUGGAGUGUUGGGGAGUUCCAAAGUUCUUGCUAAGAAAGAACUGUUGUAUGUGCCCUUGAUUGGUUGGACGUGGUACUUCCUUGAGAUCGUUUUCUGCAAAAGGAAAUGGGAAGAAGACAGAGAUACAGUUAUUGAGGGAUUAAAACGUUUGUCUGAUUAUCCUGAAUAUAUGUGGUUUCUCCUGUAUUGCGAAGGAACUCGUUUUACAGAAACCAAGCAUCGUAUCAGCAUGGAGGUGGCUGAAUCCAAAGGGUUGCCUAAAUUGAAAUAUCAUCUGUUGCCCAGAACCAAAGGUUUCACCACUGCUGUCCAGUGUCUCAGGGGAACAGUUUCAGCAGUGUACGAUGUAACGCUAAACUUCAGAGGAAACAAGAACCCAUCUUUAUUAGGAAUCCUUUAUGGAAAGAAAUAUGAAGCAGAUAUGUGUGUAAGGAGAUUUCCUCUUGAAGAUAUCCCUGUAGAUGAAAAGGAAGCUGCAAACUGGCUUCAUAAACUGUACCAGGAGAAGGAUGCUUUACAAGAGAUGUAUAAUAAGGAAGGCAUAUUUCCCGGCCAUCAGUUUAAACCUCCUAGAAGACCAUGGACUCUGCUAAACUUCCUCUUCUGGGCUACUGUCCUGCUCUCUCCUCUCUUCACAUUUGGUUUUGGAAUUUUUGCAAGUGGAUCACCCCUUCUUAUCCUUGCAUUCCUGGGUUGUAAUGCACCUCCAAUUUCUGUAUUAUAUUUUAAAGCUUCCUUUGGAGUUCGUAGACUGAUAGGAGUAACCGAAAUAGAAAAAGGCUCCAGCUAUGGCAACCAAGAAUUCAAGAAAAAGGAGUAA